ACUUUAAAAUUAAAGACUAAAAACAACGACAUUUAGGUUUUUAUUGUUUAUGUACGGACUAGACAAUAUUUAAUUUUACUUAAUGUUUUGUGUCGAAGACCUGAAACCGAAGACUUGAGAUGAUUCAUGGUGUUUUAAAUGGUAGUUAAAUAAAGAAAAACCAUAGAUUUUAAUAAUUCAGACCAUGGAUUCUUCAAGGAGAAACAAUACCGAUGAACAACGGUGUGUACUUGGUCUUCAAGAUUUGAAAAUUUCAAAAAAAGUCGAGGAUGGAACUGAGCAGGCGCAAGGGGCUACAACUUCGGCUCCGAGCCCUUUAGGCAAAAGUCGUCCGGUAGGCGCAAUCGAGAGCUUCGUACUCGAUAAUACUCAGCAAAACACUCGUCAAGAUUAUAGUUUUUAUGAACGAUCAAAUGUGAUAGCUUCGUCCAAAUUUGCGACUCCCAAGCGAGUAGAAACUAUUGCAUCUAUCAAUAAACGGGAUAUUAAUACGACUGCUCUCCCUGCAAGCCCUACGAGAUCAAUCGAUUCCUUAUCACAAAGGUCGCUGAGUUAUCAAACUGACGAUCUUUACGAAAUUCCUGGGAACCCUGGUGCGCAAUACCCACCGCCUGUUUACGAAAACGUAGAUUAUUACGGUGAACAGCGUUCACCACAACCACCAUAUUAUCACCAGCUCUACCAACAGGGUAUACCACCUCCUGUGUCUGACGGAUACUACGACACUCGGUACAGCAAAGCUCAACCGCAGGUGCCUGUUAACACGAAGUCUAAGGCUAUUCCGGCACUAUAUGAAAAUAUGCUUAGCGCAGACAGUGAUAAGAAAGGUGAAUAUAAAAUACAACAAAAUAAUGACAGAUUCAUACAACAGGGUUCAGUACCCGGUCCACAAGUCCCUAACACUGGACUUAGCAGGAGCAAUGUUAAUUUAAUAGGAGAGAGGGGUAAAGUAGACAAGCACCCUGCCUUGGCCUACAGUAAACACCAAGAAAAUAUUAGUGGUGAUUAUACAAUCAUGAGAUCAGCUCCACCUAAAUAUACUGAUGUUAGUGCUUUAUUGAAAAGUGAAAACACAGUUAGUUUUGAUGACAAAGUAGUGACAAUUCCAUCUACAGCGAUUUAUGCUUCAAUAGCACCAAGUGCACAGAGACCUAAGGCCAAUAUAGCUACAGAAGUACAGACAUGUGUGUCUAGUCCCAAAUUUUUUCACCCCAAGCCUGUUACUGUAAAUAAUAUGCCGAAAGACAAACCUUUGGUGACAAAUGGAGCGUAUAAUUCCAAACCACUUGUAAACAGAAUGCAAAUAGUGGAAGAUAAUAAUGGGUCUGAUUAUGUGUGUAUGACAGGAGGACCUUCUGCCACACCCAUACCUAUAUCCAAUAAAGAUAAUACAUCUCUAACUGCUGAAUCUAUUGGUUCUAGAACCUCUGAAUCUGCUAGUUCUAGACACUCUGAAUCUAUCACUUCUCGAAAUUUGGUUUCCGGUUUAACUUCUUUAUGUUCACCCUCACAAUCUCCUGCACCAAGUCCUACACCAAGCUCAGUUUCUCAAGUAUCUGGAGGUUCCCGAGGAUCUGGUGGUAGAGGCAAGAGUUUACUGCCAUAUAGUAUAACCCCGCCCAGACCUACAGGUCCAACUGAGGCCCAGAGAAAAAUAGAAGAGUUAACUAGGCAACUCGAAGAAGAAAUGGAGAAACAGGAUGAGGAGGGAGAGUACUUUGGUAUAUGCCACACAUGCGGGGCUGGUGUAACUGGUGCUGGGCAAGCUUGUCAAGCUAUGGGCAAUCUGUACCACACUAAUUGUUUUAUCUGCUGUUCAUGUGGUAGAGCACUUAGAGGGAAAGCUUUUUAUAAUGUACAUGGCAAAGUGUACUGUGAAGAGGAUUAUUUGUAUUCUGGAUUCCAGCAAACAGCUGAAAAGUGUGCUAUAUGUGGUCAUUUAAUUAUGGAAAUGAUACUCCAAGCUAUGGGUAAAUCAUACCAUCCCGGCUGCUUCCGCUGCUGCAUAUGCAAUGAGUGCCUGGAUGGUGUUCCAUUUACUGUGGAUGUAGACAAUAAGAUCUAUUGCGUCAAUGACUACCAUCGGAUGUUUGCCCCAAAAUGUGCAAGUUGCGGAAAAGGCAUAACACCAGUUGAAGGUACAGACGAGACAGUAAGAGUUGUCUCUAUGGAUAGAGAUUUCCACGUUGAUUGCUAUAUGUGUUGUGUAUGCGGCAUGCAACUCACCGAUGAACCCGACAAACGCUGCUAUCCUCUAGCAGGUAAAUUAAUGUGUCGUGCGUGUCACCUCGCCACAAUCGGAGCAGCCACUGGACCGGGCCUUCCUCCCGCGCCUCAUCUAUCACCAGCCUCAUACCAAUACAUGGGUUAAAUGAUCUUAUAAUUUGUGAAACUAAGUUAACUUAACGAAACAUAGUUUCAGUAGAUGUGAAUGGAGUUAUAACUAAAUUAUUUACUCUAGUGUCAUAAUAUUCUUUUUAUAUUUGUUUGUUAAUGAAAACACUAGUGUGUUGGGCUCGUUUAAUAUUUUGGCUUUAAUUUAUUGUAGCUCAAAUGUAAUAAGGCUUGGAUAAUUAAUGGAAGACGCUAGUUAACAGAAGGCAGAUAUACAAAAAGUAUAUUAAUUAGCUUUGGUAAAAAGCCAUAAAAUACUGUACACAAUUGCUGUUCUUUUUAUGUUGGGAUAUAUGCCGUCAAUCGCCGGGACCUCAUGGGCAUAUCAACUUGAGUAACUUUGAUUAGUCUCUUAGUUUUUUAGAACAUCUGGUUUUAUGUUAUGGUGAUCUUAUUUCAGAGAUAAAUGUACAAAUUACUGUCAAAUGUUUUUAAAAUGUUAUGCUCGGCUUAGACACAUUUCAUUUUCCCAAAGUUGUUAAAUGUUUUCCAAAGUUUGGAUGUAAGCUUCAUUGUCCGGCUGUCUCACUCGGCUUUUUUAGUUCAUUUGGAGUCUCAGUUUCCUCUGGAUUUUAUUUUUCUGUAAUUUUUAAACAUUUAGCCAUUUAGCCAUUUUUAACAUUGAGCAUAUAACAAGAGCUCAUGAUUGUAAUUUGAUCUACUCUUUUGAUGUAGAUUCACCACUCUUACUCGUGAAUUUCUUGGUUCUAUUGUCCUUUUGCAGGCCUAUAUGGAUCUGUCUGGAAAUUACUAAGUUACACUGAACUUCAAAGUUACUCUCAUUGACUGUACUGUAAGUUUUAUAAAUUAAUAAGAGAUUUAUUAGUGCUCAAAAUUUACAAAAAUACUUUAGAUGAUGCUUCAGUAGUGGAUAUGUAGAUUAGUUUAGUGUAAUAUUUGAAAAUAACAUGGUGGAUAUUUACUAAUUCAGCAAUAAAUUAAUUGCUGUUUAUUAUUCCCAGACAAAGUAGGGGCAUUAAUAUAGUUUUAUUUAAGUAGAAUAAUUAGGAUGUAAUUGAAUACUUAGAAAAAAUGUGAUUUGCUUCAAAAACAUUAAUUGCAUUUGUCACCUCAAGAUCGGAAUAUUAUUGAUUAUUUACUGGGAAGAUCUUUACAAAGUUUAAAAAAUCGGCAGUAUAUUCUUUUUUUAUGUCAUAAUAAUUUAAAUGCAUUUACUAUUUUUAGAAGUAAUACACAACAGCACCAUGCUUUAAAUGAAUAACUGUUACCAGCAUUUUAACAGUUCAAAAAUAUACUAACUGCAUUAUUGUAAUGAGGAAAACGAUUAUGUUUAAUAAUUAUUGUAGUUUCAAAAUGUGUUAUAUAACAUUCCAGUUGUGUGCUGAUGUGUUGUGUACUUAAUUAUAAGAAAUUUGUUGUGUAUAUCAGAAUUUAGACAGCUAUUUGUGAUUGUUUAGUAUUUUGUAAUGAAACAAUUUUGUUAAGGAACAUUUUAUAUUUAAAUAUUUUUAAAACAAUAAAUAAAUCCAAAAUAUAAUAA